AUGCAUCUCUCGAGUGCGUUCGCUGCAAUCGCUUUGGCUCGCUCUGUAUUGGCGGCCCCCUACACGCCCUCCGGCGGGCUGGGGACGAACUCGACGCCGCCAGAGUAUGUCUACAUGAGCGAUUUCGACUUCCAGUCGCUGAACUUGGGACUUAACCAAGAAUGGAUCGAAUUGGACCUGUUCCAUCAUGCCCUCGCGAAGUUCUCCGUGGAGGAAUUCGAAGAAGCCGGACUCAACGCCGAAGAUCGCUUCCUCCUGGAAUACAUGGCCGAUCAGGAGGUCGGGCACGCCACCCUCAUCCAGAACAUGCUCCAGGGCAAGGGCGCGAAGCCGUGCAACUACACAUACCCUUUCGAGACCGUGCGCGAGUUCAUCGACUUCUCCAUUGACCUCACGCGCUGGGGCGAAGCGGGCACCUACGGCUUUCUCUCGCACCUAAACUCGCGACCGGCUGCAGCGCUUCUGACGCAAUCCAUCGCGACGGAGGCCCGUCAGCAGAUGGUGUUCCGCCAGUUUGAGGGUCUGUUCCCGAUGCCGACGUAUUUCCAACAUUCCAUAACGCAGUCCAUGCAAUGGACGCUGCUCGCGCCAUAUUUGGUCAGCUGCCCUUCCGAUAACCCGCACAUUGAUUGGCAAAAUUUCCCGGGUUUGAACAUCACCAACAAUCCGAGCCGUGCACCACUCGUGAACACUACCGAAGCGGGUAAAUCGACAUUGCCCGCCAUUACGCACAACCGCACCGACCCGCUGACCAAGCCCGGCGACGUCCUCCAUCUCGUAUGGGAAGAGCCAGGAAAGAAGGUUGGCUACAACUCGUCCUAUAUCACCAAUUCGACCGCCGGCGAGGCCAAGUACGCUGCGUGGAUAUCGCAGCUGAACACAACCUACACCCCGCUGUACAACAUCAGCGGCACGAGCGGUUAUACCAAUCAACCCGGCGGUAACAUCUUUGGCGGCAACUCGGCGCCGACGAUGAACGCUACGGUGUUUGUCUUGAUCGUCGAUGAAGAUUUGUACGUGACACCGUUUAAUCUGACGAUGCUCAACGAGCACGUCGUUGCUGGACCUGCAAUGUACCAUGCUGCAUAA